AUGCCGCCCAGCAUCUGGGGAAGCGGGGGCAAGGGUGGGAGGGGAGCGGGGCAGGUGAACGGAAGUAGGGGAGGAGGGGGCACGGGGGGCACGGGGGGGGGGGCACGGGGGGCACGGGGGGCACGGGGGCACGGGGGGCACGGGGGGCACGGGGGGCACGGGGGGCACGGGGGGCACGGGGGGCACGGGGGGCACGGGGGGCACGGGGGGCACGGGGGGCACGGGGGGCACGGGGGGCACGGGGGGCACGGGGGGCACGGGGGGCACGGGGGGCACGGGGGGCACGGGGGGCACGGGGGGCACGGGGGCACGGGGGGCACGGGGGGCACGGGGGGCAGGGGGGCACGGGGGGCAGGGGGGCACGGGGGGCACGGGGGGCACGGGGGGCACGGGGGGCACGGGGGGCACGGGGGGCACGGGGGGCACGGGGGGCACGGGGGGCACGGGGGGCACGGGGGGCACGGGGGGCACGGGGGGCACGGGGGGCACGGGGGCACGGGGGGCACGGGGGGCACGGGGGGCACGGGGGGCACGGGGGGCACGGGGGGCACGGGGGGCACGGGGGCACGGGGGCACGGGGGGCACGGGGGGCACGGGGGGCACGGGGGGCACGGGGGGCACGGGGGGCACGGGGGGCACGGGGGGCACGGGGGGCACGGGGGGCACGGGGGGCACGGGGGGCACGGGGGGCACGGGGGGCACGGGGGGGCACGGGGGGCACGGGGGGCACGGGGGGCACGGGGGGCACGGGGGGCACGGGGGGCACGGGGGGCACGGGGGGCACGGGGGGCACGGGGGGCACGGGGGGGCACGGGGGGCACGGGGGGCACGCAAGUGUGGUGUGGUGCAAGCAUGGGGGGGGAGAAGCAGGUGGUGGUGACGGGAUGGACUGCCACUGGCAGCCCCUACCCGCCCCUUGUGGUGUGCAGCCAAGUGCAGUGCGGUUCGGUGCAGUGCAGUGCACACACCUCUUCGAAGUCCGACGGCCCUCCGAAGCCAGAGAAUCCGCCGAAGCCCUGA